AUGUUUAAAACAACUUGGAGCAUUUUGGGGGGUUUAAGUUGUGGUGCUGUGAGUAUGUUUUUCCUGCUGCAUAUUAUGCUGGAGAGCAAAAUUUGGACUUUAUGACUGAUUUCUUGACUGUUUUCAAUCCCCUCUGCGCUGUUCAGAGCAACAGAGUCUGGCCUGGUUUUAUGUGCUGGGAAUUCCCCCAAAAGGCUGAGAGGUAUAACUGUUCCCAGACUGUUUACACAGGGUUAUGCACAAGGGUGUGUUUUGAAUGGAGAGAAAUAAAUCUUUUAUUUAUCAAGUAAAAAUUUAUGGACCAGCAACACCCCUAAUUUGUUUAAACAAAACCUGUAAAUAGACCCCAAGUAAAAUAGCUGUUGGGAAAGGAACAUAGUAUUUUCGUACCCUUCUCUACUUGUUCUUCAUUUUGUGAAAAUUGUGGGGUUUGUGCUAUUAUUUUGUGAAAGUUUUGGGGGUUUUAUGCAGUUGUCAUUACUAAUCCUCAUUUUCAUUACUUUCUGUCAUUACUAUUUUGUUUUAAUAUUGAUAGUUUGAUCUUCAGCUUACAGACAGCACUUCAGAAAUUAUUUCAAACAAGUAAGCUUUUUAAGAAAGCUUACUGAAUGAUUGAUUAGAGAGACCUUUCAGAGCUUCAAAUCCAGCAUCCAGUCUGUCCCCUCACAGCACACAAUUUCUUCCUAAUAUCUAACCUAAAUUGCAUGUUCCAAUCUGAAAUAAUUAAAUGUUGUAUUUUUAUUGUGUCAGCAGAUGGCAGUGUGUAGCUAGAGAAAAGGGAGAAGUUUUGUCCAACUAAAAAACCCUUACAUGUUCCUAGAUGUAACUUCGGUUCUUUUGACCACCGGUACACAUCUGGUUGAAUUCUGCAAAGAUAUGUGUAUUUAACCUUGAAAACAGAGCUAUGUAAUAGGGCAUCUUAACUUAAAAGUUUCUGUUCUCUUUUAAGGGAUGCUCUCAACUGAGAUAAUAAUGCCUUGCUUUUCAAAAGCUUUUAAAAUUGUUUGUUCAUCGUAGAGACUGAUAAAUUCUCAAAUGCUUGUUCAAAUUUGAGUGUAAAUAAUUUAUUUGUUCAUUGUUGGGUAUUUGAGCUUCUGUAUUUGGAAAUAAUAGAGGCAGGCAAAUCCAAUCAGUGCUGGCCUAUUUCCUUCACUGCAGUAGUUGGAAGUGUGUGAAAAGAACUUCUGUGAUGUUUCACUUUCAUUUAAGGCUUGUAAGUGAAACAUGAGUAUCAGGUGCUUCUGAGGUGGGUGGGAGUGAGAUUUUUUUUUCUUUUCUCCCCCAAAAAUGUUCCAUGUCUUUGCAUUGUUUGGAAAUGAAUGUUUUGUUCCUGUUGCACUGGAGUAUAAUCUAAAAAAAGUGUCUAAACUCAUCUUUUUGUUAUUUCCAGAAAUUGUGGUGAUGGUAGUGUCUUGGGUACCCCACAGAGAAACCAGCUUUUGUAACAAUUCUCAGGUUUUAAACUAUUACAUGGCAUGGGAUGCUCAUGUGCUGUACACAUUUUUAUUUUAGGUCCUGCUGUAGCAGAUUUUGCAGAACUGAGGUGCUUAGAACACAUCUAUUGCCUCUGACUAAUGUAGCAUUCAACAAAUCCGGUUCCCGCUUUAUCACUGGAAGCUAUGACAGAACCUGCAAACUAUGGGAUACAGCAUCAGGAGAAGAGCUGCAUACACUGGAGGGACACAAAAACGUUGUCUAUGCAAUAGCUUUCAAUAACCCCUAUGGUGACAAGAUUGCCACUGGAUCUUUUGAUAAAACCUGCAAACUGUGGAGCACGGAAACAGGAAAAUGUUAUCAUACUUUCAGAGGACACAGUGCAGAAAUAGUAUGUUUAUCUUUUAAUCUUCAAAGCACAUUGGUGGCAACUGGAAGUAUGGAUACCACUGCCAAAUUAUGGGACAUAGAGAAAGGAGAAGAAGUAGCCACUUUAAGAGGGCACUCAGCAGAAAUUAUUGCACUCUCUUUCAACACCAUUGGAGAUAAGAUUAUCACUGGCUCCUUUGACCAUACAGUAGCAGUAUGGGAUGUUGGCACUGGCAGGAGGUUACAUACUUUAAUAGGUCACCGAGGAGAGAUUAGCAGUGCCCAGUUCAACUGGGACUGUUCUCUCAUUGUCACUGGAUCACUGGACAAAACAUGCAUGCUGUGGAAUGCUGUGACUGGGACACAUCUGGCAACUCUGGCGGGUCACAAGGAUGAGAUCCUGGAUGUGUGCUUUGAUUACACCGGCCAGCGCAUUGCCACUGCCUCUGCCGAUGGAUCAGCAAGAGUCUAUGAUGCACAAACACAAAAGUGCAUUGCAAAGCUAGAAGGUCAUGGAAGUGAAAUUUCCAAGGUAUGUUUCAACCCUAAAGGCAACUUUAUACUGACAGCCAGUUCUGACAAAACAGCUCGACUCUGGGAUGCUGCUACUGGACACUGCCUUCAGAUAUUAGAGGGUCAUACUGAGGAGAUAUUCUCCUGUGCUUUCAACUAUGAAGGGGAUACAAUUAUUACAGGGAGCAAGGAUAACUCCUGUUGCAUAUGGCACUGACUGAAGAGAAGGAAGGAUACAGUUCAGUACCUGACUGCUCUGUAGUUCCAGAGACAAUAAACUCAGCCUUGGAGAUCUGUUUUCUUUUACUCUCUUUGUUCACCUUCUGCUGCAGUAGAACAGUUACCAAGAUUUGAUAGGUUUGACUUAGAAGUCUGUUAGAUAUGGAAUCGUGGAAUCACAGAAGUUGGAAGGGACUGCUGGAGAUCUUCUAGUACAACACCCCUGCCCUACUCAGUGCCCUAUCAACCAAGCAGGCUGCCCAGGACUGACAAGGUGUUGAAAUCUCCAAGGAUGGAGACUCCAAAGUUUCUCUAGACAACAGUGGAAUAGUUUCUUGUAUUUUAGUUUGUGCAUGUUGCCUCUUCACUGAGCACUGGAAGAGUCUGGUCUGUUAUCUCAGUCACCUGAGAGAAAUCAUGAUUAGUGUGAAUGAAUGCAGUAGGAUGGCUCUGUUUCUUUAGGUGUCAUUUUUAACUUGUAACCUUUUUAAUAAAAAAAUGCAGCAUUACAAUACUCACAGGUGUGAAAGGAGUGUUGGUGUACACUUGCUUAGAGUACUUUUGUAUUAUUCUUUUUGUGUGUGUAAUAAAAUACUGAGUUAAAAUACCA